AUGGAGGACGACGCCGACGAGGAGCCGCCGCUCCGCGAGCUGCGGCCGGUGCUGAAGCGCACACGGCACGCUUGCGACCCGUGCCGCCGCAAGAAGAGCAAGUGCUCCGGCGACCGGCCCUCGUGCAGCACCUGCGCCCGCCUGCGCCAGCGCUGCGCGUACCCGCCCGAGGCCGACAGCGACGCCGACCUGCCGGACGAGACCGUUGCCGGGUCCGAGGCCCGGCGGUCACUGCCGCCGCCAGUGACGCCCACCACGGGCAGUCGUAGUCAUAGUCAUGGAGGUGGCGGUGGUGGUGGCAGUGGCAGUACUCACGGGCAGCAGCAGCACCUCGAGUCUCGCCUGCACUCGCUCGAGUCGACCAUCUCCCACGUACUGGACACCCUGCACUCUGUCUCAGCCGCAGGCACCCUCCACUCCCUGUCCGCCGAGGUGCUGCACUCGCAGGCUUCGCUGCCGACGCCGCGGGGUGUCAGGAGGACAGCAGAUGCCGGGGAUGGGCUUGAGAGUCAUGGCAGCAGCCGCAAGCGGAUACGUACAGACGAGUCCCCGCCGCUGUGGAAGCAAGUCGAGGCCGUGGGCAGCCAAUACCUGAAGUACUGCGAAGGACAACCGCUGUACCUGUUCCACAGAGAGACGUUUGUCCGAUCACUGAGGUUCCGCCCCGACGAGCUGCUGCUGGCAAUAUUGGCCCUCACUCUGAGGUUCAAAGAUGCGACGGCGACUCCAGGCACGACUUCGAGCGCCAGUACGCAUGGGCAUGCUACUGAGGAGUACGGCCCGCAGGAUUCUUUGACUCUUGCCUCCAAGGCCCACGCACUUGUCAUGGCCAAGAUCGGCACGAGGGCGAUUGAGUUGUCCACCCUCCAGACGCUAUGUCUUCUGGCCUUUGUCCAUUUCCACGACGGCAACCCCGACCAGUCCAUGCCCUUUGUCACUCUCUCCAUGGCGCUCACGUACGGCCUCUUUCUCCACGCCGAGACGCCCUCGGUUCCAGCCUCCGUCAUCGAAGAACGCCGCCGGACAUACUGGAGCAUCCGCCUGCUCUGCCGGCUCUGGGGCAUGGCUCCGUCCGCCUUUGACCUGCCAGGCUCACAAUCCCUCACGUCUCCAUACCCGACAACCCCGAGCUUACCGCCCAUGUCUGCCCUGAAACCCGAAUGCAGGACCCUCUACGGACCGAGCAGAGGCGAGAGCGUCGGCGAGCGCGGCAUCAUGGCGUACACAUACCAGCUGGGCGAAGUCUGGUCGCAAGCCAUGAUCUUUGUCAGGCAGCGCUUCGCAGCGGCUUCUUCGUCCUCCUCCUUCUCCUCCUCUUCCACACAUCACCACCACCACCAUUCCAGCCACCACCAGCAGCCACCAACAACCCACAUCGCGCCCUGGGAGACGACUUCGCAGUACAACGCCAUCAUGUCCGCGUUCAUGGGCUUCGACCGGUCCCUCCCACCGCUCCACCGCUACCGGCACCUGCACCUCGGCGACCUGACCACGUUGCAGCUCAACGAGUCCCAGCGCGACUACUGGGCGCCCUGGCUGCUCAGCCGCUUCAUGUACCACACCAUCAUCAUCGUCGCGAACCACCCCUUGCUCGUGACGCUGCAGCUCCAGGGCAAAGGUAACGACUCGGAGCUGUUCCGCCAGCAGGCGCAGUUCUACACCGCCGUGCACACCUCGUGGAUCAUGCACUUCGUCACCUUCAUCGAGAGCAAAGGCUACGAGCUCGCGGACCCGACGAUGGGGUACUGCGCCGGCGUGGUGGCCACCGUGGAGCUGCAGCUGAGCUUUGCCGCGCCGCCGCCCGCAAACAACAGUGGAGGUAGUGGUGUGGGAAAUGCCGGCGGUAAUGGCGCGAGUGGGCAUGGCGGGCGAGGUGGUGGUGGUGGUGAUGCGGGAUCAAGCGGUGCAGCCGGGAAAGAGCGCCGUAGGAACUUUGAGAAGUGUCUGCGCUUCGUGCGGGCGCUGGGCAAGCGCUGGCCAUCUAUGGAGGUCCUUGCCAAGAAACUAGACGCCCUGACAGAGUCCAUCUCCAUGUCCUUCGAGUCCAUGGCCCAGCUCGACACGGGCGGCAACAUCCACGUCGACAUCUCCAAGGUGUCCGACAUUCUCGACUACGCCGCGGGCGCGGCGAGGACGCCUCUGCUGCACGGUCCGCACCACGGCGGCUCGGCCGCGGACGGCAGCAGCGGCAGCGCGAUGGGUGCGGGGGAAGUCGCGGGCGACAAGGGCCGCCAGCAGUGGACCACGCUCGUCCAGCCGCCGUCUGUGGACCAGCCGGAUCACGCCUCGGCUGUGGACUUCUCGGCGCUGCUGCUGAGCGCUGCUGCUGGGGCGGAUGGUGGCUCAGAGGUUGGUGUUGCCGGAGAUGGGUUUGGCGGCGGCGGCGGGUUUGAUCAGUCCCUCUUUGGAACAGGCGUCAUGGGUCAUCAUCAUCAGCAGCAGCAGCAGCAUCACAGACAGAGCGGCGGUGGUUUCCAUCCGGCUGGGAUAAACGGAAACGGUGCGGGGAUGAUGAUGCUGGGAGGAACUGUUGACGGUUUAAUGUUCUCGGGAAACAAUGCGGGGACUAUUCCGGCUGACAUGUUCUUCGGCAUGGGAGGUGGGCAGGAAGAAACGGCGUCGUGGGGUGCAUUUGGAGGGUUCUAGACAUAGGAAUGUCAUCAAGUCUCAACGGGUGCAGCGAGGUCAAGGGACGAGGUGGAAUUCAUGUCCUGAAACGAAUAGAAAUUGGCUAUACCCCAACGCCUCUAUCAUGGUUGUGGCUAUGUGGGCGAAGCAAGGUUCGCGUUGCAGAUGUCUACGAGCAAAGAACCGGCGAGAAACAGAC